CUUACCUUGUCCCCUUGGCUUAUGCGCAUGGGUCUACAGCCCAUUCCGUGGUCAUCGGAAAGGGAUCGAUUUGCUUCUUGACCACCUUCAGGCUACCUCACGGUACAAAUGAAGAUGAAAUGUCAGCAGAGCAUUAGGAAGACUGCAACGGAUCCCCACACUUGCCACCGCAUCGGGACUCUCACCGCCACGGGUUUGUACGCCGGAGGGCUUGACUUGACCGUCUUGCCCGGUGAACGUUAUGUCCACUUGCGGCCAAGCGGUGAACUCCGGCAACUCACGGGCCUUCGCCUCUAUCCGAUGCGAAAUGACUGCAGCGCUGCGGUCCUCGUGCAACACAUCUCGAGGAUUAUCCAGCACCAUCUAUGCUUUAUCCGUGCAAGAUCAUCGGAAGGGAUUUAUUCUACACCUUCCUCGGAUGAACCGACGUUCAUCCGGUACGAGGCAUCGCCACAGAUACGUGAUCAGCGUCGGAUAUUGGUGGCAUACUUCGGCGUAACUCAGAAAGCCUACGCUGUCAUCGGUGCUUCCGCCUGAUGGAUAUCGUGGUUCUACCAUGUCUCGAUAGGGGCCAUCUAAUCUUAUUGUUCAAGUCGGCAGCUGCAUCCGUCCCCGGCGGGGGCGUAUUAUCCAUCGACAGGGAACAUCCUACUCGGGAAUUGCCUGCCAGGUUGGCUUCAGCUGUCCGAUCUCUGCGCGGAUCCGGCAACAACUCCCUGAUCCACGCAUGGUGCUCAACCCCCUAGGGCUAGAGCUUCGCGCAACGGCAGGCCGUGGUCAGCGCCGCUGUAUUACCUCUCUAUCACCUACACUCAUGGUCUAGCUCCCCUUGACCCACCAUCCCGAUCACCCGAACCGGAACGCUUUGCAUGCGUGGCGUGUACCCCGACUCGCCGAAAUCUUGCCCAUCGACCCGUUACCACCAGCACGACUACGCCGAGUCUAAUGCUUACGGACCCAACAUCUGGACUCGGAGUACCGCUUUUCGGUCCUGGGAGUCGCAUCGAUGCUGAUCCGGCAACUCUU